AUGUUAAUUUUUUUUGGGGCGACGCGGGAUUCGAAACUGACGCGUUACCGUAUGUUACGAUUGCCGGGGAACGACACGACGCAUCGACCUGACCGCCUAUUUACGUUUACCGAUAUUUUUCCGAAUCGUCGUGCCACGAAACCGACACGUCAACGGUUGGCCGCGGACUACCGCGACAUCUACGAUCGAAGGGGUAACUAUUUUCCACCGGCGCCAUCUGUCUACGGGUGGUCAAAGUCGGUUAUGUCACAAAACGUCGUGGAUCGAUCGCUGUUGUAUUUAGAGGUUAUAAAUACGCCUUGUCAAGUUUGCGGAAACAUGAGCCGGUAUAUAUUAGGACGCAUCGUGUCGCCGGCGUUCCGCAGCGGAAUCCGAUCUUACAAAAUCGUGGGCACCCUCGACGGGACGACGCUCGUCGCGUGGCACCCCAAACGCGACUUUCCGUACGAGUGUACGAGGCCGCUGCCGGAAGAGAAGACCGAUGAGCAUCCUUCUGUGUUGAAAACGCAACUGACUCCGGAACUGAUGUCGAUAUUCAACAAAAAGACCCCCGAACAAGCGAGACAGGAACUGAUGAACUUAACCGCUACCACGAAGCACCGGUGGUUCCCGAGGGCCAGGGAUAAGAAGGCCAAAAAGACACCGAUGAAUAGAGAAUACUUGUAAUAGCACGAGACGUU